UGUCUCCCUUUACUCAUCAAACGCUGCCAGCUUUCAGAGAACAAACAGCCAAUCAGAAUGGACGACAUGUGGGACAGUUUCUGUGACAAUUUAGACUUGGACGCCGACGUGCUGGCCGAUUUCGCUCAAACGGCGUGCGCGUCGGUGGAAGGGAGCUUUUAUACUUGUAAUGCUUCCGAUGCUUCGUCUCCAGAGCCUUUCUCUCCACAUUCCGUCUUUGAUUCAGAUGACGGAUCCGAGUCAUCGUCUGCCGAUUCUACGUCUGCGGGCUCCACGCGCUCCAGAGUUGACAAUAACAAAAACACCAGGCGGAAAGAAAAAUGUCCCCUGAAGAAGAAACACCAAAGACAAGCCGCAAAUGUCAGAGAAAGGCGGAGAAUGAAGUCCAUAAACGAGGCGUUCGAUGGCCUAAGACGCUGCGUCCCAGAUGCGGAGAAUUGCAAGGAGAAGAAACUUAGCAAAGUAGACACUUUAAAAAUGGCCAUUCAAUACAUAAGUGACUUGACGCGGGCUUUGAGAGAGGUGGAAGCGGAGGAGAGAUUACACGGCGGGGACGCUACAGAGACACAAAAAGUGAUCAUACGAUAUCCGAAUGCAGGCGGAUACGACCAAGAGAACAGCUGCAAAUACCCAACAUCAGCCUACAGCUACGCAUCCGACCACACACAAGGCGGGCACCACACCUACAACCCCAACAACCCCCACCCCCAACAGCUUCCAGAACCACUCGUGGGUCACUCGCUCUCGUGGACGGACGAAAAAUCCUUGAAAAUGGGUCCCGAUAACAAACUUUGCGCCAAAAUCUGGGUUCCUGAAAUGACGGCGGAGGAGCAAUUGAUGUGUUCGUAUUGGUAAAGGUGAAGGUCGGGGUGAAGGUCGUACGCAGCUUUAUCCACGCAAUGCAAUUCACGGUGGCCUGUUCGAUAAACUGAGUUACCGUUUGACGUUUCAGUGUUUCUUCUCGUGGAAAAACGUUCACGGCAAGCACUGAGUCAAAACCCCUUACGGACGUCUCAUUGUUAGACAUUAUAGAAAGGCUGACUAAAAUCCUCAGUGGCUCCCUCUUUUUGUCGCUACCAAGUGAAACCGCCCUAGUUGUUAUACCGUUGCUACGUCACUGUAUUGAGGUCCAAAGUUUCUGUUCUUCCCGAGAAAAAGACAUGCGGAUGAUUGUCGCGUUCAGAGAUUUUGGCACUAAUUAAGGCAUUUUAAAAUACGGAGGACAGGUGCUUCCUAAAAUGUUUGACCGCUAAUGAACGGGUGGGUGCAUCUUUCUGUUAAAGCUAUCACUACUGUUUGUUUGUUAUCAGUGAUGUAAGACAAAAAACUAUGCAAUCGUAGAUUAUUAAUCUGGGACUUAUCUGUCUACGCCAUUUGUAUUUCUUCCAGUGAGAUCUUCCAAUAUUUUUCAAGUUUUCAUAUCAAAAAUGUAGUUUAUAAACAAUUUUGUAAGCAAGAAAUAAGUGGCACCAAGUGCUUUCAGCUCUUGAUCUUCCUUGAAUGUUUGUACGCAAUUUUACCCCAGAUACUCCGAAGUCGACCCCUGUAAAUUGUAUAUUUUGUACCUAAAGUGACUUCCAUUUUAAGAUAAUUUUAGUAUUUUGCAGCAAUUGUACAGUAGAUGAUUGGUCUACACAUGUAAGUGCAUUAGUCAGUAAGAGAUACUGAUGACGCGCGCUAGCUAAAAUGAUGGUUGAACAAUACAACGAUUGUAAAGAUCAAGAAUAACAAAAACCGCUUUUUACAGCCAUCCAGAAGAAAAUAUUUGCCAAAGACAUUGACAAAACAGUUAGAUCAAAAUGCUUGAUGAAAUCAAUUUCUGAUCAACUUGUCAUGAUCAAAAUUAAUUUAUGUAAUAUACUAAUGUAAUUUAGUGAUAUUUAGGCUAGUUAUCCUGGAGCACGAGAAUGAGCAAUACGCAAAUGAUGCGCAAGCCAUUAUCUGUUACAAACUGCAUUUUUUUUUUCGAUUUUAUUUUUCAAAAUUAUUUUCCCAAAUAAUUCAGUAUUAUUGUUGAUUUUCUUAUUCCAUAUGAUAGUUUUCUUUAUCUUCAUAAAGUAAAGCAAUUAAGAUUUUAAACUUAAGAAUAUUUCUUUAUCUGAUUUCUUUUUUAUUUCGAUUAAACUAGUGAGCUGAAUUUUUCUGUUAAUCUUUAUCAAAAAUAGUACAGGUUAUACACAUGUCUAUGUCUGUGUUUACAUUCUUUGUGAUUUAAUGCCUAUAUGGAAAAGACUACCUAGACAAUCAUGUUUUGUAUUAUUAUUAUUAUUAUUAUUAUUAUUAUUAUUAUUAUUAUAAAUGACGGAUUUUUGUUUAUAACAACUGCAGUAUUGAUAACAGUGCUAUAAUCUACAUAUUCGACAGCUGAAA